AGGGAAUUUAUCUCCUUUCAGCCUUGCCCUCUGCGGAGUAGCUUGAGGCCUGCGGAGCCGAGUGGACGUCCACGUGAGUGAGUCGCGAUCCAUGGAAAACCACCAACAGAUUCCUGAACAACAUGGGCUCGGAGACGCUGCUGGACGUGCCGGUGCCGACCGUGGACAGCACGGUGCCCCUGCAGGCGUCGGCGUUGCGCAACAUGCGGCUCAGCUUGUCGCAGCGCAAACCUUCCAUCACGGAGCUGGAGCGCGAGUUCCUCAACUCCUAGCAAUACGCGCGGGGGAGCAGAAAUGCUUCCCCGCACCGCCCGCUGAGGAGUCGGUCCACGUCGGCCACCAGGAGACGCCUCGCUGACAACGUCCAGUGAAAAUUCAAGUGCGGACGAAGCAUCCCAACAUAUUGGAGAAAACAAAAACUUAACAGGCACUCGGACAAAGUUUCAAAAGUUCUUGCCAAAAAAGUGCUUUUUCAAAAAAAUGAAUGUGAAUCAAAAGGAAAUUUAUAAACCGAUCGACCGCGGCGGACUUUUCACUUUUCUCCUACAGUAUUAAUUUAUUUGGCGUGCAAUCUUAAAAUUUAAUCACAAAUUAAAUAAGCCACAAAUUAGAGACGAAAUGGAUCAGGAAGGAAACGUAAAUCCUAACAACAGGAAAUGGAUGAAAAAUCCAAGGAAGCGGCUUUACAUGAUCAUCGCUGGCUCCAUCGUUUUCAUAUUUCUAGUCCUAAUUGUUGCUUACAUAGCAACACAGGGGCCGCCGCCAAAGCCCAAAUACGUCCCGAAUCCAUUCGCAAAACUGCCACCCUCGGAGUCAAUACUGCAGACGUUCAAAAAGGCAGCCGUCUGCACUGAUGCUGUUGUCUGCUCAGAAGUGGGAAGAGACAUCUUGGCCAAAAAUGGGUCUGCAAUGGAUGCGGCCAUCGCUGCCCUUUUCUGCAAUGGAGUGGUCAACUGCCAGAGCAUGGGUCUCGGGGGUGGCUUUUUGAUGACUGUUUAUCAAAGAGACACCCAAGAGGCCUUCACCUUGAACGCAAGGGAAGCGGCGCCUUCAGGCGUCACGGAAGAAAUGUACAAUGAAAAUCCAAAAUUAACAAAAUCAGGUCCACUCGCAGUGGCAGUGCCAGGAGAGUUAAUGGGCUACUGGGAAGCCCACAAACGAUUUGGCCGCCUCUCUUGGUCGGACGUAAUCAUGCCUACAAUCAAGAUUUGCAGGGAGGGCUACAAAAUGACACUGCAUCAGUCUGAUUCUAUAAAAUUAAAGGAAAACGUCAUUAUAAAGGACCCCUACUUAAAGUCUGUUUUUAUUAAUCCGUCAACUGGAAAGUUUUAUGAGGAAGGGACGCUGAUUAAAAACACAAAAUUGUGCGACACUUUGCAAGAAAUCGCAGAGUCUGGAGGUGACUCCAUGUACAAGGGAAAUUUAGGCCGCAACCUUGCCAAAGAUAUACUUGACAUGGGAGGAAAGGUCACAGAACAAGACCUUGCUGAUUACAAGGUUCGAUGGGAAAAGCCCAUGGUGGCCAAGCUUCGAGGUGGAAACACCCUGUAUUCGGUGCCUCCUCCAGGAUCAGGUGCACUGCUGGCCCUCAUAAUGAACAUUCUGGACGACUAUCAUUUCAACAGUGACUCUGUAAAGACCGACGAAGCCACAAUCAACACAUAUCAUAGAAUAACAGAGGCCUUCAAAUUCGCCCUCGCUCACAGGGGUGAGCUUGGUGACACUGCCUUUGUCAGCAUUUCUGAAUUGCUGAAUAAUUUGACUUCUAAAGAAUUUGCGCUGGAGGUCACGAAAAAAAUUGAUGACCAAAAAACAAGUCAAGAACCAGAAUAUUACGGUGCCAUCAAAGUGGCCACAGAGGACCACGGAACUGCCCACAUAUCAGUGUUGGCUUCAAAUGGAGAUGCUGUCUCGGUCACAAGCUCAGUGAAUUUUUACUUUGGUGCUGGAAUUGCUUCCAAGAGUACGGGAAUUAUUCUGAACUCAGGAAUCGACGAUUUUUCUUUUCCAAAGUUUGCAAAUGCCUUUGGUCUACCGCCUUCUGAGGCAAACAGAAUUGCUCCAGGAAAGAAAUCUCAAUCAUCCAUGACUCCUACCAUUGUGACUGAUGAAAAUGGGGAUGUCAGAUUAGUCAUAGGUGCUUCAGGAGGAUCAAAAAUCUUAACCGCAACAGCCCUUGUAACUAUGAGACACUUAUGGUUUGGGGAAAGCAUCAAAGAGGCGGUUGACGCACCAAGGAUUCACCACCAACUCUUCCCCAUGGAGUUAUCAUACGAAUAUGGAAUAACACACCAAGUCAUCGAUGGGCUGGAAAAACUUGGUCACAAAACUGACAGGUACAGGGAGAGAGGAUCUAUCAUUUGCGCCAUCGCUAAGUCAAAUGGUACAAUUUAUGCAAAUGCCGACUUCAGAAAAGGCGGAGAAGUAUUUGGACUGGACUAAUCAAAUUUUUCAUCUGAGGUGCAUUUGGCAGUUAAAUAAUUCUUGGAAAUAAUUUUGAAUCAAAAUAUUGAAAAUGCACAAAAAAGCACUGUGUGCAAACAUAAGAAUUUUUCGAAUAGAACAAAAUGCAGAUAUUUUGUCAAUAGUUCCGGACAAUGGCUUAAAAGGCAAGUUUUUUAUUUUUUAACUUAUCUUCCGCAAGACUAAAUAGCUUUGUUAAUAAGCAUUUCUUAAAACUGAUGAUAAGCAGGCAAUAAAAACCAUAGUCAAAUAAA